AUGCAAACUAUACGGCGACCACUGCUGUCGAUGCUCAAGGCCCAGAAAGCCGCCCCAUAUGGACUGAGCGCUUCGCUGCGACAGCCAGUGCACCAUCAGUUCACCACCUCCUUUUUAACGAAGUCCCUCCGAAAAAAUCGAUAUGGAUCGCGUGUCCAAAAUCCCUCUCGCGUUCAUUUGCACAUUUUAGGCUCCGAGUCGUCAACAUUAGCAUCUAUCGUAAGAACAUUCCGGGUGCCUAUAAUGAUGGUGAUAAUAGUCUUUGGGGGAUGCUGGUAUGCGAGUUACAAGUUCGGAGAGCUGAAAAGGUGGAUGCUGGACAGGUGGAUACAGGCUGGGGUCAAUAACGUGAAAGACACUGUGACUAAUACCGGUGACACAGCAGUCAAUAGCUUGAAGGCCCUUUGGUCUCACGCCUCCGAAGAAGUUAAGCGCCCAGACGCAGCACAGGCAUUGAUCAGUACCGUGAAAGACACUGCGACCAAUGUUGGCGACACGGCAGUCAAAGGCUUCAAAGCCGUUGAGUCUCGUGUCUCAGAAGUCAAGCUCCCAGACAUUCCAAAGGAAGCUACGAAGUUCAUUAAGGACUUGUUUGGCAAAAAAUUACAUAAGGAAGGCGACGGGGAAGGCGAGCAGCAGUCCAACAAAAAACCACCGACAGACAAACGUUGA